AUGAAUGAUACGGAUGCAUCAGACAUCAAGGCAGAAUCAGAUUCGGUGCCGGAACCUGUGGAAAAGAAGGGAUUGAAGGUGCUCUUCUUGUCUUCGGACACGGGUGGUGGCCACCGUGCGAGUGCGGAAUCUCUGGCGAGGCAGUUCCAAUUGCUGUAUCCUGGAUCGACGUACGACCUGCUGGAUGUGGUGGAAAAGGAUGGAGUCCCACCCUACAACUCGCUGGUGGGAUACUACAAGCACUUGAGUUCACAUCCGGCUCAGUGGAAACUCGUCUACAGCGUCUCCAACUCGAGGGCCUUUGAAAUGUUGGCGGACGCUCAUUUGAAGCUCAUGUGUGAGCGUGCCGUACGAAGGCGGAUCAAGGGAUACGACCCAGAUGUGGUCGUCAGUGUCCAUCCUCUCAUGUGCAAUGUCCCGGUUCUGAGUUGCAAGAAAAUUAGCGCCGAGACGGGAAAGAACUUGCCCAUGUUCACCGUCGUGACAGAUCUCGGAUCAGCCCAUUGUUUGUGGUUUGCCAAUGGCGUGGAAAAGAUGUUUGUGGGGUCCGAUCAAAUCCAAGAGUUGGCCAAAAAUCGAGGCAAGGUGCCGGAGGAAAAACUCGUCAAGAUUGGACUCCCCAUUCGACAUGAUUUUGCCGAACAAUCGGAAAAGCUAGGCGAUCGCAUGUCCACGGAAGGCAAGGCGUACCAGCGCAGUAUCCAAAAAGAAUUGGAAUUGCCUCUCACAGAAGGAGACUUCAAAACGAUUCUGGUCAUGGGAGGUGGAGAGGGCGUCGGCUCUCUUGCCAACAUUGUUGACGCUCUCUAUUGUGAACUAGUUUCUCAAGGGAUUGACUCACAGGUCUUGGUCGUCUGUGGACGCAACGAUAAACUCAAAAAAUCCAUUGACGAACGCAAUUGGAACGAAGUCAUUGCGUCAUGGGUUCGCGCCAAGGACCGAAAGAACAAAACACCCAGAUUUCGCAUUCGUGACUGUGUUUCUGCGGAAAAUUCCAGUGUCUCCAACGUGGGUUGCGUCGAUACCAGCUCUUAUGUGGGAAGCUCCCUGCGAAGAAUCCUGAGCAGUAGCUCGAUCGGAGCCGCCGUCUCCAUUCCCCUCCCACGCAGCAACAGCCACGAGGCCACAUCGGAGGAGGAAGAGAAGAAAUGCGACAAUGCCGGAAACGAAGCGGAGGGCAGUUCGAUUGAAAUUGACGCAAAUGGACAAAUGCUCGACGCUGGGUUGUCGGGCUCUGGAUCUGGAAAGUCAUCGCCGGUUGCUAUACCGGGGCAGUCUAGUAUCGACCUGAGCGAAUGCAAUGGCAACCACUUCCCCGGUCAAGUCAAAGUUGUUGGUCUUGGCUUUGUCACCAAAAUGGCAGAGUACAUGGUGGCAGCCGAUGUCCUUGUUUCCAAGGCCGGUCCAGGAACAAUUGUCGAAGCCGCGGCGCUAUCCCUUCCAGUCAUGUUGACAUCCUACCUGCCGGGUCAAGAAGAGGGAAACGUGGAUUUUGUAGUCGACAAUGAGUUUGGUGCUUUCUGCAGUGACAGGGAUCCCAACGGCAUUGCCGAGGAACUUUGCAUGUGGCUCCUGGAUGAUGAGAAAAUGGCCACAUUGAGCAAAGCUGCAAAGAAGAUUGGAGCUCCGGAUGCCGCACGCGACAUUGCCAAGGAAAUUGGAGACCGCGCAUUGAAGUGGCGAGAGAUUAACGAGAAGAAUGCAGUGGUGGUAUCGGAAGAAGAUGAGACUGCAGACAAUGACGACCAAUAA